AUGUUGCGAACUUCGCUUCGGUCUGUGAGGGUGCUCGGUGGUAGGCCCUCCGUGGCCGCUGCCGCCCGCCAAUGGCCCGUUGCGGCCUCGCGGCGCGCUGCCCUCGUCGGCCAGCGUCACUAUGCUGUCGACAAGAAGCCCGAGUCCGCAUCUUCCCCUUCCCUGCCGAACACCCAGUCUGUUGCCUCCGACAAGAUCCACGAGACCACCAUUGACGAUGUCGGAGAGACCAAGGCCGCUACUGUAGACGCUCCCAAGACGACUCCUCCUCCUCCUCCCCCUCCCCCAGCUCCCAAGAAGAAGGGAUUCUUCCGCAGACUUAGGAACUUUGUGUUUACUCUGUUCGUCCUCGGUGCUGUCGGCUUCGCCGGAGGUGUCUGGUAUUCUUGUUUCAGCGACAACUUCCACGACUUCUUUACUGGAUACGUCCCAUUCGGCGAGCAGGCCGUACUUUACCUUGAGGAAAUGGAGUACAAGAAGAGGUUCCCCAACAGCGCCACCAAUGCCAAGUCUCGAGAUGCGGAUGGUGCCGUGAGAAUCCCCGCCCAGAGCGGUGCCUCGUGGAGGGUGGCCGAUGGUACUCGACGCUCCAGCGCUGGUCCCGUUCCUGCGAAGCAGGAGGAGCCCAAGGCUGAGGCCCCCAAGCCCAAGGCUGCUGAGCCGAAACCUACUGCUAAGGUUGUUGAGAAGCCCGCUCCUACCCCCGCUCCCGCUCCUACUCCUCGGUCCGAGUCUGGUUUCAAGGCCCCCGAGGUCAAUGAACCAUCUAGGUACCCUCCUCUGAAGCCUAUUGACCUUCUGUCAUUGGAUGACGCCAGGGAGCCCGUCAUUCAGGACCUCGUCCACAUGGUGAAUGACCUUAUCCUGGUCAUCAACGCUGAUGGUGCCCACGGCCGCUACGGAUCCUCCGUCAACAAGGCCAAGAAUGAGAUCACCAAGGUUGGAGGCAAGCUCAAGGGCAUGAAGGAGCAGUUUGAGAAGAAGGCAGCCGGCCAAGUUAGGGACAAGAUCGAUGAGUUCGACAAGGCCGCCACCGAUCUGAUUGACCGUGUUGAGAGCGCCAUGAUCACCCAGGAGAGUCAAUGGCGACAUGAGUUUGAGGAGGAGAUGAAGAAGGUCCGCGAGAACUACGAAGACCGAGUCAAGGUCCUUCUUGAGCGUGAGCGGAAGCUCAACGAGGAGAAGCUCCAGAACCAGCUCCUCGAACAGGCCCUUGCUCUUAAGAAGGAGUUUGUCAAGGAUGUGGAGAACCAGGUUGAGCAGGAGCGUGAGAGCCGACUAGGCAAGCUGACUGCUCUGUCCUCGGCUGUUGCGGACCUCGAGAAGCUCACAACCGGCUGGAACGAGGUUCUUGACACCAACCUUCAGACCCAGCAGCUGCACGUUGCCGUCGAGGCUGUGCGAGCAAGCCUAGAGGAUGAUCACCACCCUCGCCCCUUUAUCCGCGAGCUCGUGGCUCUCCGAGAGAUUGCCUCGGACGACCCCGUUGUCAACGCCGCCAUCGCCUCUGUGAACCCCACCGCCUACCAGCGCGGCAUCUCUACUUCUUCCCAACUGAUUGACCGAUUCCGUCGUGUCGCUAACGAGGUCCGAAAGGCCUCGCUGCUUCCUGAUGAGGCUGGUGUUGCAAGCCACGCAUCCAGCUGGGUGCUCAGUCACGUCAUGUUCAAGAAGCAGGGCCUUGCGGAAGGCAACGAUGUGGAGAGUGUCCUGACCCGCACCCAGACAUACCUGGAGGAGGGUGAUCUGGACUCGGCGGCGCGAGAGAUGAACGGCCUGGAGGGAUGGGCCAAGACUUUGAGCAAGGAUUGGCUGGGUGAGGUUCGCAAGGUGUUGGAGGUUCAGCAGGCUCUCGACGUGAUUGCUACAGAGGCCCGUCUGCAGAGCCUCCGUGUGGAUUAA